AUGGCAAGACAGGGAGGCAUGCAAAGUAGAACACGGGGUGGGAUAAGUGAGAUGUCAAAAGGGUUUUCCAUUAAAAAUGAAACUUCCAAUAUUAAAAGAUCUCUCUUCCUGCAGCCUGCCUCACACUCCAUGCGGAGUGGUAUUACAUGGGUAUCCAGCCUAUACAUCUUCUUAUCUAUUCUGUUUACUUCAAUGAUUAUUAAUACAUCUACAGUUAUUCUGUGCGAUGGAAUUCUACUUGGGAAGAUGCUUUAUAUAAUAUGUGCACCAAGAGUAGAAUUCCUUAUAUUUGUGCCUGCUCUGAUCUUUGGGGUUAGCUUUAUCUAUAAAAAGGUCUUUAAAAUCACCAUGGCUGUGGCUGUGUACAUUCUAAUUCUUUCGUUCACAGUUUGUAUUCCUGUGAUUUUAGUAGACAGCAUAUUCUACAUUAUAAUGCACAGAAGUAUGAUUAGACUAUACGGCAUGAUAUUCAGCAUAUUCCCCAUGGUAAUUAUAGGUAUUAUUUCUCAGUACCUGGCUACUAUAAAUUUGUCUGGGUGUGUGGAUCCUUCAUCUGACAGUAGAACAAACAUUAUACGCCAGGUGACCAUGAUAAUUGGGAACUUUAUCUGUGGUUUAGUCUUCUAUCUAAGUAUUGUGUGCACCCGAGACAAUGCAAUUAUCAUUCGAAAAUGA